AUGGCCCCUUCCGCUCUCCUGGCCUCCCCUUCAUUAGUCGCUCGUAGUCAGAGCACCGUCCCCACGAUCGUGUCCGAUAUCGGCUGGUUCGUCAUCGUAAUCGGGGCUGGAGUCAUCAGCUUCACCCUCAUCCUCUACGUCGUCUGGGCCUACGUCGUCAGCUGGAAUUCUGCGGAAAUCGGCACGACGCACGCCCCGACGCGCCCCACGCAAGUGCAGCCCUUCCGCGAUGCCGUCGACCCUCGCCCCCUCAACUCCCGUCAUCCGCUCGCAGCGCACUCGGAAACCGCCGCGUCGACGUCCAACCUCAAGCUCCACGCCGCGUCGACGGCGAAUGUCGAGCUCCACGCUGGCACCUCGACGCCUACCCAGGCCAGUACCAACGGCAACCGCCUCGUGCUUCUCGACUCCCACCCCGUCGGCCCCUCCGACGGUGCAGGCCCGACCGGGUUCCCCGGCGGGCAUCAGCGACCGCGAGUUGACGAAGAGACGCCGCGGUCUUCGUUGCAAGCAAACUACUCGUCCUACUCAACCCCGCGCUCGACGCUGCCGCCCUCGUACCACACCAACCCCGCACGUCCCUUGUCCGAUCCGUAUGCGGAGGACGCCCGCCACUUUUGCCACUGUCUACCACGGCGUACGCUCAACACGCUCAACACGCUCAACACGCUCAACACGCUCCACUUCACGUACAGCUUCUAUCUCACGCGUCAGCUAUGUAUCCCGCCGACCGCGCGCACUGCAGCGAUGCGCUCGUCUGCCCCCGGCCAUGUGAUGGCCCCGCACUCCCGGCGCAGUAUCCCGAGCGGCCCCACCACUUCGUCAAAGACGAUCGUCAUGAUCAUCAUCCUCACAUCCUGCUCGAUCGGACUCGCCGCUCUCGUGUUCCUCAUCACAGCCCGCGUCCGAAAACGGCGACGCCAGAAUCCCCGUAAGGACGCUCCGCCUCCCAUCGUCCCCGAUAAGUCCGCCAAGGGCUCGGCGCUCGUCUCCCCCUUCACCGCACUCGACCACACUUCCCCGGCAGCGUCGACCCUCUCCAAGGACGCGGACGCGGACGCCGACACACCACCGCGGUCCACCUUCCCCGAUCAGCCUCCGCCGAGCGCUCUCCCUCCCCUCCCCCUCGUCCCCUUCCCCGCGCCAGAUUGGCUCACCUGGUGA